AUAGUAUUUUGCAGAGUAAGACAUCAGCAUCGUAAUACUCACCCGAUCGAUAACUCCACUCUCUCUCUCUCUCUCUCUCUCUCUUCAAACUCACUCUCCCAUAUGGCCAUGGCGACUUCUUUCGCGCCAUUAUCGAUUUCAGUAGGUGGAUCUAAUCUGAAAUCACCUGAGCAGUUUUUAACAAAGCGUAAUUCAUCUCUGCUUUGUGUUGGACCUAAGCUUGCUGCUGUUCAAAGGAAAUCAAACCUUGUCAGCCGGAGGAGCCUCACUUCACUGGUUCGUGCAGAAUACCGCGAAAGCAGAGGAGGUGGAGGAGCGGAUUUGGUUGCUGGCUUUAUUCUGGGUGGGGCUAUUUUUGGAACUCUAGCGUAUGUGUUUGCUCCCCAGAUCAGAAGAUCUCUGCUAGAUGAAAAUGAAUAUGGGUUUCGGAAGGCCAGACGACCAAUAUAUUAUGAUGAAGGGCUAGAGGGGACCAGGCAGACCUUGAACGAAAAGAUAGGCCAACUAAACUCUGCCAUUGAUAAUAUAUCUUCACGUCUGAGAGGUAACAAUAAUGUGCCUGCUGCUGGCCCUAUCAGUGAUCCUGAAGUUGAAGCUACCAAGUGAAGCACUUCUAGUUUGAUACCAUUGUCAACAAUACUUCGAAGUAGCGGAUAAACAUUCAAAAUUGGGUAGUAUAUGUUAUUUGAAGGUUUGAAUGGUAAAAAUGUAUUGGUGCUGGAUUGAUAUAUGGUUAAAACUGUGAAACUAUUAACCUUUUUCCUUCUUUGUUUUCUACAAUGGAAGAUUUUGUUUCUGUGGACAGUGGAAGAUACAGUUUGGAUUAUGGAGCAAUAUAAAUAUCAAACUAGCUGUAGGCUGUAGCCUGUUUCUUAUUU